AUGUCGGAGCGGUGGCACUUGAGCCCGAAUGUCCGCCUAAGUCUGCUGCUCUUCUUUGCUUUGUUCUUUGGCGCACUGGGGGUUCUGUCCACUCUCUUUUCCUGUGCGACUGACUACUGGCUGCUGGGUUCUGCUGAGCUCUGCCGUCCAGGAAGUGGAUCAAGACAGACAGAGGCCACAGACGGCGUGCUCUUCCAUGAGGGACUGUUCUGGCGCUGCUCCUUCCCAGCAACAUCUCCUAAAUACGCUCUUUGGGAUGUUUGGAUCUUAAAAGGGCCACAUGUCAAAGUGUGCCAGCCAGCGUUCCUCUUCCCAUUUCCUGCCAAGGACCCGUUUUGGGUGAAUUCACGGGAUUCACCUGCUGAACCCUACGAGUAUCACACCGCCAUUGUUUUCAGAACUUUUUGGAGCAUCUUCCUCAUCACGGGUGUGGCCGCUGUGGUCACUGGUGGGCUCUCGGUUAUCUGUACUGCCUCUCUCUCCAACCACAAGCUCUAUAAAGUGGGUGGAGUCCUUCUGCUUUGUGGUGGUGUGUGUCUGUUCGCUGUGGUGUUAAUGUUUCUGAUAUGGGUCCAAGUGCUGGACACACUGGAGGAGUUUGCUCAAGGGCAGCGUGUGAGUGGCUGCACGUCUUUCCACCUGAGCAUUCAGAACGGAGUGUCGUUCUUUCUGGCUCCCGUGGCCUCCUUCUUUAGCCUGCUGUCUGGCCUGCUCUUCAUCGUCAUUGCGCAGAGCGCUCGCUCUUUAAGAUCGCACCGGACAGACAAAAUGCCACAAUCUCCAGAGCUGCAAACUGACUUGUGACUCUCAGUAUCUCAAUUUGUUAUGCUAAAAGGAACCUAUCAUCGUAUGGCUCAAAAAGUGGCAUGUAAGGAAACAUACAGUAAAGUAAGGUCACUCAAGUCCAAUCAAGAGUAAAGAGUGGUCCAGCUUAAGUAUUACACACAGUUCUUUUUCCAUACACAUGUAGUAUGUUACGGGUCAAAUACGAAUAUCCUCAUAAUUAUUGUCAAUAUUAAAUUGUAAACUACAGAUCUUUUCAAAAUGUUUUUAAGCCUAUUAGGCAAUCAUAAAUUGAUGAUUAAUCCUUAAUCAAUGUAUCAGAGAAAAAGGAA